AUGGAAAGGAUUUUUAAUGCAAAGAGGUGUAUGGACGAGAACAAAUUGGCUUUUUCCGAGUACUUGCGAACUAGGGAAGCCAGUGAUUGGUGGAGUAGUAUGCAGAUGCUAUUGGAGGGUAGCGGUACUCCCAUCUCUUGGGAAGUAUUCAAGCAGAAGUUCUAUACUGGGUAUUUUCCCAACAAUGUUCAGUUUGCAAAGGAGGUGGAGUUUCUGGAGCUUGUUCAAGGGAACAUGUCUCUGUUUGAGUAUGCCGAUUGGAAGUUUGAGAAUGGGUUGAGAGGUGACAUCAAGAAGUUGGUCACGGGUUUGUGUAUUCAUGAGUUUCCGGCUUUGGUAGAGAGGGCUAGAGUUCUAGAGAAGACUAAGAUGGAGGUUGAGAAGAGGCAACAACUAAGAGUUGGAGGACCGAGUGCAUCUAGAGGCAGUUCUAGUCCUAAGAGGGCUCCUUUUCUUGGCCUUCUUCUUCUUCUGGGUCCAAGGGUUCUUCUUCACAGUUAUCCGGUUCCAGUGGUCACUCAGGAUAGUUCGGACCUGUGA